AUGUCGGAAAAGCAAAAGGGCAUCUCCCUCCGCAAGAAGCGGGGGGACAAGAGCAAGAAGAACGCGCCGCCGCCCACCAUCAGCGCGCCGCGACAGAUUAGUGCGCCCAUGCCAGCCGGCGUCGCUGCUGCUUCACUCCCCAGCUCCGGACGUCCUUCGAACGAAUCCAGCCGCUCGAGGACCAGGCAGGAUGCCCCCCAGUCACGCCCGCAGCGACCCGACAAGACGGCCGAUCUCGUCAAGAGGAGGUACUCCCAGAAGAUCACGACGCUGCCUGGCGACUUUGGAAAUGGAGAACCCAUGCCGCAGAUGCCAACAAUGCCCGCCCAGUACAGAGAGAAGAGCCAGACGAGAGAGGGACGGCCGCCGGGAAGCUCCAAUGGACGGGUGUUGCAGGUUGACCCACGAGCGUUGAGAGACCCCAACCUGGAAGUAGAGCGAUAUGUAUCUACCAUCCUUGCAGACGCCUCAGAGGCCGACAUCAACCGCUACCAAGAUGAACUGCGCAAGACGAAACACCGUACAUCCCUCGACCUACAGCAUAACGUAUACCAGAACCGCACACAAUUCAUCAAGAUCAGUAAGGAGGCAGAGAAGCUCAAAGGCGAGAUGCGAACACUUCGUCAGUUGAUGUCAGACCUGACCACUACACUGGAACAGACGGCUUCAGCUACAGGCGCCAACGACGCUGCAAGCUCCCGAAGGGCCAACCGAAGCUCCAUCGGAGACCUCAACCAACUACGCGCUGGUCAGCUGCAGCAGCUCUACAGAGACGUCGAGGGUUCACAAAAGUAUCUACCGCCUAUACCUGGGCGAUAUAUUGUGUGGAAGUCCACAAGAUGGUUUGAACUCGACUCUGCAACCCUCAAGGCGAGACGAAGAGUGCGGCUCCUGCUACUGAAUGACCAUCUCCUUAUCGCAACGGAGAAGAAAGCGCGAAAUGACGUCCCUGGUCAACGCGAUGGCAACAGAGCAAAUAUGGAAUUCAUGGCCCAACGAUGCUUCCCACUGCAAGAUACUCAGGUGAUUAGGACACCUGAAGAACGCAUCAUCAUUCGCGCUGGCUCGGAGUCCUUCACAUACGACACCAAGAAAGAGGAUAGCGGCGACAAGUCCGCUUUCGUUGCUACCUUUCGUAAAACCAAAGAUGACUUGCGCAAGAGCCAAGAAGCGGAUGUGCAAGACAAAGAUCGAACGCAAGACUCUUAUAGCCAUCUCCUUUCACGCGACCCUGCUUUCAUGAACAGAACGGAGCUAUUGGAUAACCUUUCUGACGGCAUCAACAACGAACAAGUUAGUACAUUCAUCGAUAUGGACGGUCAGCAGCGCAACAUCCGGUGGGUAGAAAGCCAACUCGACGACUUGGACAUUGAGAUUGCGCUUCAACACUUUCAAGAGGCAGUCCUGAAAGUCGAUCGCCUGAAAGUGCUCGCGAAGAAUAUCAAAAGCAACGAGAUGGCCAAGACAAUCGUCACAUACAAAGUCAACGAACGUGCUGCUAAGCUGGCGAAUGUUUUGGUAAAGCAUAUGGUAGAGCAUAACAACUGGUUCACGUCCGUCAGGCAACACGUCAGCUGGGUUGUCCAACUAGGUUUCGAAGACCGCGCACGCGAGGCCUAUCUGGAAGCUCGUGGUAAUCUCAUCAAGACUCGCACGCGGCAAUGUAUAUUCGAAGGCAACCUUCCCGACUACAUCUUCCAAACUUCAUACAUCUAUUUCACCAUUAUCAAAAACACCGUCGACAUGUUUCAAAAAUGCUUCCCACAACAGCUCAUGUCCGCUUGCGUAAAAUGGGCGAAAGAACAUAUUGACCAGUUCAACAUAUUGUUGAAGAGGCAACUCAGUAGUGUUGAUGAAGGCGGCAAUGUGUGGAACGAAUGCUUGAGGCUAGCACAUGAACAUGCAGAAAUGCUGAGAGAGGUUGGAUUGGACUUCACCGAAUUGGUCGGAAAUGGAAUCGGUGGACAAGAUGAUGAAGAAGCACCUGCUCCUAAAGCAUCUGCAUCCAGAAACUAUUCACAAACGACAGUCGAAAUGCCGUCUGAAGCUGAAAACAUCAACUACCUGUACUUGGUACUGACCAAUGACGGCAACCCAACUAUUGAUUGGGACGCUGUCUCCAGUGCGCUUAACCUCAAGAAAGGCGCGGUCACAAAGCGAUGGUCGCGCCUUAAGCAGGCUAUGGAGAAGAACGAAGUCCCCGGGGGUACCACAUAUCAGUUUCUAUGGCUUUGUGUCAAGCAUCAUACGCGCGCUCAACCACCAAACUGGAACGACAUCGCUGCCAAAGCAAACACCACUGCUGGAGCGGCAUCAAAGCGCUACUCCCGGAUGAAGAAAGCGUUUGAAGAGAACGGUACCGCGCCUUGUCCUUCAUCUCCCGUCAAGGACACUCCCAAAUCUACUGUUAAGAAGUCUCGCAAGACUGCCACUUCGUCCGGCGAUGAUGUUGAUGUCACCCAGACCACGCCGACUCCUAAGCGCAAGCGUGCAUCUCCGAAGGAGAAGGUCGCCUCCGCCGAGGACGAAGCCAAGCUUAGUUCUGAUCCGGAGAAUGAGGACGACCAAGAAGAACUCCUAGAGUCCAAGCCCAAACGCGCCAAGGUCGGAAAGACUAACUGCAUCGUCACCCCUAAGCCUAAGCCUAAGCCCAAGCCCAAGCCCAAGAGCAUCAUCAAGGAAGAGGAGACAAGCAAGGCCAGUGUGACCUCUUUCUCCGACGCUCAGGAAGAUUCCACCCUUCAGGACGAGGCUGGAGAAGUCGACCACGAUACUUACCCCAUUCAUGAACCGGAGUCAGCUGACUCCAUUGACCCCAGCGAUUACUUCGUCUGA